ACAAAUUUAGUUAAUAAAUACAAACCAGUGAACCUGGGUCAGGCUUUUCCUGAUUUUCCAGAAGUUGUUCCUACUACCAUAAAAAAUGCAUUAAUUUCUACACAAGCAGCUAAUGCUCCAGUGCUUAACAACCAGUAUACAAGAGGUCAGGGUAAUAUUGAUCUUGUGAAUGCUAUUGCAGACAUUUACGGUCCACUAUUUGAUAGAUCAAUAGAUGCUUUGAAAGAGGUCAUGGUUACAAUAGGUGGAUAUGAAGCCUUGCACUGUAUCAUUAACGCUGUUGUCAACCCUGGAGAUGAAGUAAUCUUAAUUGAACCACAUUUUGAUAGCUACAGUGAAAGCAUUCUUGCAGUGAAUGGAAUUCCUCGAUACAUACCUUUACGACUAAGAGAAGGUGGAAACAAGGCUAGUGAUUUUGUCUUAGACAAGAAUGAAUUGACAGGGUUAUUUAAUGAAAAGACAAAAGCUAUCAUUGUAAACACCCCUCACAAUCCUACAGGGAAGGUAUUUACACAUGAAGAAAUAGAGUUUAUUGGCAACUUAUGCAAAAGAUAUAAUGUUUUAUAUAUCAGUGAUGAAGUUUACGAAUGGCUAGUCUAUGAUGGAUCAGAGCAUAUCAGAGCCGCAACUCUUCCUGGUAUGUGGGGGCGUACAGCUACUGUUUGUAGUGCUGGAAAAGCAUUUAAUAUUACUGGUUGGAAAACAGGUUGGCUUAUUGCGCCCGAAUAUUUGGUAUCAGGUGCUAUGCGAGUUCACCAAGGAAGCAUUUAUACUUGUCCAUCACUACUACAGAUAGCUCUGGCUGAAACAUUCAAGCAUGAAAAACUGCUUUUAGGUACGCCUGAUUCUUAUUGGCAUUGGUUGCGUCAAAUUAUGACUGGCAAACGUCAACAAAUGUAUGAUAUUGUUAAAGAAGCUAAAUUGAAGCCUAUUAUGCCAGACGGUGGCUACUUUAUGCUAGUUGAUAUUACUGGUUUGAAUGUUGAUCGAAGUGGAUAUGACGAUGGUACUCCGCUCGAUAAGAUAGUCCAACAAUGGCUGAUUAAAGAUAAA